ACGUUCACUUUUCGCUGUCACGAAAGUAUAAUGCGUGCAGAUUUCUGUUUCACGUUAUUGUUACUGACCCUGGCAAGACAGGCAUCCACUACCCUACAGGAGCAAGAGAGAAAGUUGUCUACCCAACACCAACCAUCAGUCGAUUACGAUCCAAACAGCCGGACGGCGCUGUUGAACAUAAAUAUUGAGGAGGCAGUUUUGAGCUCGGGUUUGACAUUAUCCCGGCAGUCUCCUCAGCCUGUCAACAAUGUCGAUGUUCAAGUAUUGCGAUGGUUGACCAACAGCACCGAAUGUCGCCCCAUCGAAACGUGUAAAAGUCGAAUGAUGGAAGAUGUCGCCACUGUUCUCCAGUCACACCGAAUUUGUUGGGCAAGCGACGACAUGACAACUACAGCCCAGUACGAUAAAACCAUUCCAGCUGGCCAAAGGCAGGCGUCAGUGUUGCUGGACCAUAUCUAUACCGGAUGUUACUGCUUUCGUUUGGAUUUCUACCACGAUGACACGAUUCAAAGAGCUUGUCAACUACUGGAGCAACCACUUUAUUUGUAUACCGACGUCGUCGAAUAUGACGUUUUCAAGUGGAACUUGAGCCUUGAUUUAUCGGCGACCAGCCAGCACGACCUGAGUCUGUUUAUCAAACUGCACGACGCGUCUGAAUUUCGCUUUUACAACGUCCAACUCUUUCGACAUGAUGACAUUGACGAUCAUCUGAUGGAAUGUGGUGAAACGGACGACCCCAUCAAUAACCAAUACUUAAACAUUUCUUUUCCAGACCAUGCCAUCCAGGAAUGGCAAGUUGUUACAUUCCAGAAUUUGUCUUACGGCUAUUAUUGCGUCGUCGUGAUUCCCGACGACGAUCGAUGUGAUCCUCCAUUGAUUGACCCAGACAAGACCUGCGCCCGUUACAGCAACAUUGUCCAACUGAGAGAAAAGAAGACCAUGGUUCUGACGCAUUACUCCGAGAUGGAUAUUUGGUUUUAUCUGCUGGCCUGUGUUGCCGUCACCAUCUUGUCCAUUUGCGUCAUCAUUCGGGCCUUGCUCAAGCGCAAAAUGAAUCCAAACUUAAUUGUCGAUGAUUUCCACAGCCCUGCUGACAUUCUUUUGAAACAAGAUGUUACAACAUCAACAGAAAUUCCGAUACUGUUCUUGUACAGCAAUCGAUCGAUUAACCGAUUAGCUCAUCACGUUUCACAUUUAAAAGAAGCAAUUAGGAAUUACGUGCCCAAUGGGAAGGUUUUGGAUGAAGCAGACGACAUAGAUUUGGCAGCCAUUGAGGGAGUUGAGUGGUUCUCUAAUCACCUCCAAGUGGCAAAACCCAACCAUAUCCGCAUCGUGAUCUUCUUGUGCUCGGAGAUGAUGCGUUGUCAAGAAUGGUUUCUAAGAAGUAAAAGCCAAGCAGAUUAUGGUGACGUCGAUCAAGUUUGUUGUUACCGGCUUAAUCAGCUGUUCCAUCAUAUUGAUGAAAAUAAUGUCUAUCGGCAAGUUUUCGCUAUACGUUUUGAUGACGACCUCAUUGUAGGAAACCGGAGUAGUUCUUCUUUUUGUUUGCUGACGCCCUAUCGAUCGUAUCGUUGGCCUCAUGAUGAGCUUGCAUUACUGAAGGAACUUGGAGAAUAUUUAAAUCGUUAAAAGAAAUGUCAAUCUACUUCCAAAAAAAACGUAAAUUGAUUCUCUUCUUCCACGAAAAUUGAUACGAGAAACCGCAAAAGACGUGUCGGCAAUCGAUAUCUCUUUGCUGUCUGGUACAACAGGGUGAAAAAAGUAACUAUUUGCGGAUUUUUAUUCAUAUAUAGCCAUAAUAUUACGAAACACGUCAAAGAGGUCGCGUCAUGGAAAAGUGAUAUCCAUUGGGAGAGCCUCGUAUUCCAAAACAAACAAGAAAACGAGUUUGAAAAUGUCGGAGAAAAACGUUGCAUCAAUAAUCUGCAAUGUCCGAUUAGCAGUGGACCGUAAAAACCAAAAGAAAUGCUUUUUUUCUUUCCCGCUAGUCAAGCUCAAAUCGUUUCAAGUGGUUUAGCAAUCAUGCAUUCGGUGGCCGUUUGUUGUCAUGUCAAGUUUUUUAUCCGUCCUUGAAUACAAGAACCUAGCACUCGAAUAACAAA